GAAGCCUAGGUUUCAGCAGAAGUGCAGCACGCAAACAGCAUUGGCUCUGUCUCAAGAGUAUACCAAACGAGUCCAAAACUUUUUGAAGGAUUGGGUGCCCGGCUUGUUGUGGGGACCGGAACAGAUAAAGGAGGACCUCGACAAACGCGACAUAGGGUAUGCCGGAGAAGAGGUCGGAAAAGUUGAGAAGUUGAGCAAGGUCCAGAUUCUACCUUCCCUGCCUCCUCAGGGACGUGGGGGCUCGGUACGACUGGUUGACUGGGUGAGUGCCAGCACACGAAGGCUGCUAGAGGAUCCGAGGCUGAGUGAGGUAGAGGAUCUUGGUCAAGAAAUUCCUCGAUUGCAAGGUCGGGUCCACAUCGCCCCCGGUGAGCAACUAGGGGUGGCAUCCUUGUUGGUAGAGAGAGGCAUUUGCGGGUGGUACCCAGAGAGUGAGGUCUUCAGAUUCAGGGGUACGGCGGUGAAAAACGGCAUGUUUGGAGUGGUCAAACCUGGCAAAAGCAUCAACGGGUUGGAGACGCUCCGUGUGAUCAUGAACCUCAUUCCCAGCAACAGCCUGCACUCCAUCAUUCCGGGAGCGGUUCAUCGGCUCCCGACUAUCGCUCAAUGGACUUCCAUCUGUUUAGGUGAGGGCGAGAAGAUUGAGGUGAGUCAGGCAGACAUCACGUCAGCCUUCUACUUGUUCGAACUCCCGACUGCGUGGCAUAGGAGGUUGGCGUUCAACAUAGACUGCCUGGGGUCUGAGCUUGGUGAGGGGUUCCAGGAGGACGUAAAGUACACCCUCUGUGCCAAGGUCCUUCCCAUGGGGUGGAACUCUGCAGUUGGAGUAAUGGAAGAAGCUGCGGAGAACCUGCUUAGAGAUAUUGGCCUCCCAGAGAGACAAUCCAUAAACAGGGUACAGCUUCUCCCAGCAGGGUUUGUAGAGAAGAUGUCCCAGGAAGAUGUAGAAGGUUCCCCCUUUUGGCACAUCUAUUUGGACAAUUAUGCCUCAGGACAGCGAGUACGAGGAGAAGUUGAAUGCUCGCUCGGAGGAGAACUACAUACAAAGGCUGAGGAAGGAUGGAACGCCAGAGGGAUCCUGACGGCACCUCAGAAGAGUGUUCACAGGGCCACUGUCACAACGGAGCUAGGAGCCUAUGUUCAAGGUGAACGAGGUUGGAUUGGAGUAGACCCAAACAGGCUCGAGAAGACCUUGAAGCUGAGCAUUGAUGCUUCGAUGACUGCAGGAGCUGUGGGGCUAUCCGAGAAGGUGAGUAACAGAGGACGAGACUUCCUCUACUAUGCGGAGAAUGAGGAGGCACAAGGCGUGAGGAUUCCCGUGCUUCUGAUCUCGCUUUUCGACGGGAUAGGAGGCGCGGCUAGGAGCUACAACGUGGCAGGAGCCCGACCAGCGCUCUAUGUGAGCAUAGAGAUACACAAAGCAUCGAAGAGGGUGGUCAGUCGCCGAUGGCCAGAGGCAGUCAGCUUUGAGGAUGUGAAGAAGGUGGGCCCCGAACAGAUUCGAGAGUGGAUCGCCCGCGCUGGUGACAUCAAGGCCAUUCACGUAUGGGGAGGUUUCCCCUGCAAGGACUUGUCUGGCGCCAAAGCUGGGAGGCUGAACCUUCAGGGCGAGCAUAGCUCGUUGUUCUACCAGAUGAAAAGGAUCUGGAAGGAGGUGCAGCGCGCAGCUCCAGGACUUGAGACUUGA